CUUGAAUUUAUUUGGAUUUAUUUCAACGACAAAUCUCCGUAGCAGUGUUACAAAAUAGCUAAUCAAGCGUGGCCAUAAACUGACACUGUAUGGCAGCGCUGGGUCCCUGUCUUGUGGUUUUAAACCUGAACCAGAAUUAAAUCUGACAUAAAACAUAAUGCGUAACCUCUCGGCAGCCCAUGAACAGAUUAAAAUAAUAAUUUUUCAAAAAGCAGAAGAUUGGACGUGCACGUUGCAGUUUUUGGAUUGAAAUAAUUAUGUGAUCGAGCAAAAGUACCAUAUAUUAUUCCGAUUGUAUCAGUGUUGGCACAAUAAUUGCAAAAUGAUUUACACCAUCUGACGGUUUUAGGGUAGGCUAUAGGAUAUGGGACUAAAGAGCUUUUCCGUUUGAAUCGUUGAGAUGAGUGGACUUUUUGUUUCCUUCGGGAAAUCUUUCAGUCACACAGUCCCACAGUAAUGUGUUUACGUUUAAGCUGGUGGACAUUUUUGGGUAACAUGACGAAUAAGUUAAAACAACGGCGUUUAGGGGUAUUCGUCACCGAAGCUCACUGCCAAGUUAAAACUGAGGAAGUGGAAAGACUGGCGGCAAUGCGCUCUGAGUCCCUCGUACCCGGGACCCACACUCCUCCCAUCCGCAGAAGAAGCAAAUUCGCCACCCUGGGGCGGCUCUUCAAGCCCUGGAAGUGGAGAAAGAAGAAGAGUGAGAAGUUCAAGCAGACCUCCGCAGCUCUGGAACGCAAGAUAUCCAGCAGGCAGAGCCGGGAGGAGCUGAUCAAGCGUGGCGUGUUGAAAGAGAUCUUUGAGAAAGACGGUACAAUCCCCGUAACAAAGGAGGACGGGAAGUUAGAGAAUGGGCAGUCACCCAUAGCAACGGCCAGCCCGUUAGAUUGCGACGCCUAUCAGGUGCUGUCCUGCCCCGAGCUCAUGGAUGGCACGGGGACAGUCUCCGUGGAGUACCAGAUGUCGGCCAAGAUGGGCACCUGUCCGCUGGACCACACUGGGAAGUCAUCCGUACUUCUCGCCGGACCCAAGAAAACCGCUUCCUUUCCUGGUGAUGGCCAGGACACGCCCAUCAAGCAGGCCCCCUUUGCCAAGCAGCCCCCGGCCCUCCCCCCGAAGCCCUUUGCAAGGUUGCCCAAUCACAUUGCUGACCCAGGUCAGCCCAUAAAGAUGCCCUGCAUGGUGGGCAGGUUCUCCCCUCCUCUGCCCCCCAAGAAGGUGGUGAUCUGCGCCCCUCCAGGGGGUUUGGAGCCCCUGCUCCCCGCCUUCCCUCAGAAGUGCCCCUCAGCGCAGCCCCUGGGCACCCACCAUGGCGGCCUGCUGCCUUCUUCGGCGGUGCUUCAGUACAGCACGCUGCCCCUCCCCGUGCACCCGCCCAGCCGCAUCAUCGAGGAGCUCAACAAGACGCUGGCACUGACCAUGCAGCGGCUGGAGAGCUCUGCGUUGCAUGUGAUCCCCGCGGUUGUGCUUGACUGCGAAGAUGACAAGGAGAACAUGCCGGACGAGUCUGAUUACGAGGACCUGCCCUGCAUGUACAAGGACGAGGAUGAGGAUGAGGAGGAGGAGGAAGACGACGAUGGUGAAGAGGAGGACGAUGAUGAUGACUCCCUUUUCACGAGUACACUAGCGCUGAAGGUGCUCAGGAAGGACUCUCUGGCCAUCAAGCUGAGUAACCGGCCGUCGCAGCGCGAGCUGGAGGAGAAGAACAUCCUGCCCGUGCAAACAGACGAGGAACGCUUGGAGGCACGGCAGCAGAUCGGCAGCAAGCUGACGCGGAGACUCAGCCAGCGGCCCACAGCGGAGGAGCUCGAGCAGAGGAACAUCCUCAAACCAAGGAAUGAACAAGAGGAGCAGGAGGAGAAAAGGGAGAUUAAGCGACGGUUGACACGCAAGCUAAGCCAGCGGCCUACGGUGAAGGAGCUGAGGGAGGCCAGGAUCCUGACCCGUUUCAGUGACUACGUGGAGGUGGCCGAUGCCCAAGACUACGACCGGCGGGCAGACAAGCCCUGGACGCGCCUCACCGCGGCUGACAAGGCAGCCAUUCGGAAGGAGCUGAACGAGUUCAAAAGUACAGAGAUGGAGGUGCAUGAGUCAAGUCGACACCUGACCAGGUUCCACAGGCCAUAGAAGCCCUCUGUACAGAACCCUGUUAUGGGAUCCCCCACAGACUCACUCAGAACUGUUGUAUGUCGUGGUCUGAUUGCCAGCCCAGGAUACUCCACAAUAUCCAGUACAGACCUUUCGGCAGGACUGACCCUGUAAGGUGACCACCUGGCUGGAGAGCAGCGGAGGAGGCGGGUCCUGAUAGGGGGGGGUGAUCUAUCCCAUUCUGCUGGCUAGCCAUCGUGGCCAUCCACACCCCUGCCAGCAUGGGACUGUCCCGGGAGUGACGGUCUCCCUUGCCCUCUCUGACAACGCACCCAGACCAGAGAGUUGGAAACCAAGAAGGCAGAUGUCUGGAAUUCCUGUGCAAUACUCCGUCCCACAGCAUGGCGGUGCUCUUCCCCUGACACCCCCCCCCCCCCAAAUCGUUUACAGCAGGGAUGUCAAACUCCAGUCCUGGGGGGCUGGAGCCCUGCACAUUUUAACACACCGGAUUCAACUCCUUGCACUUCCUUGUGCUAUAUUACCAUACAGCUCUUGAGCUGAAUCAUUUGUGGUGGAACAGGGAAAAAAACAUAUGAAAAAAAAAAAGAUACACAGGUCUCUGGCCCCCCAGGACUGGAGUUCGACACCCCUGGUUUACAGCAUGCUACAAGGGGAAAAGUGGGUAUCUGGACCAACUCUGCACCUGCUGUUUGCUCUGUGACCGUACUGCUACUGUAGAUGUGUCCUAGUAACUGAGAUACAAAACUAAUAUAUUUUUUUUAAAUCUACAUUUCUGCUGUAUGACAGAAUACCGAGCGGCCAUUACUGACGAUAUUGAAGGAAUUGUCACAAGUCUAAUGUAAGAGUUCAGUGUAACAUCUUUUAUUGAUUACAAAAAAUAAAAAUACCAACUUCACAGCACUUUCAAAAAGUA